UGUAUCUACAGGGUCUAUAAGAAGACCAGUGGCAAUGGUUCGCUUUGCCUCUACUUAGGGAGAAGAGACUUUGUUGACCAUGUGAAUAGUGUCGAUUUAAUCGAUGGAGUGCUUAAGAUUGACCCUUCGGAUCUUAAUGGACGAAAAGUGUGGGUACAGCUUGCAUGUGCCUUCCGCUAUGGAAGAGAGGAUCUAGAUGUGAUUGGAGUUUCGUUUAGGAAAGACAUCUGGGUAAAGCGCAUCCAGAUGUACCCACCGUCAACAAACAGGCCACCAGACACACCAAUGCAAAAAGCAAUUUUGAUGAAAGCUGCGGACCAAGGACACCCCUUCACUCUUGACAUUCCAGUUCAUCUUCCAUGCUCUGUCUCCCUUCAACCGGCACCAGAUGAUGUCGGCAAGCCUUGUGGGGUUGACUAUGAGCUCAAAGCCUAUAUUGCCAAUGAGGCAGACAACGUUGAUGAGAAGAUUGUCAAGAAGGACACUUGCCGUUUGAUCAUCCGUAAAAUCCAGUAUGCCCCAGAAAAGCAAGCAGCAGGACCCAAGGCUGUGAUCAGCAAACAAUUUUUAACAUCAGACAAACCAAUUCACCUGCAGGUCUCCAUGGAAAAGGAGCUCUUCUACCACGGAGAUCCGAUUCCUGUCAAAGUAAACGUGAACAAUGAGACUAGUAAAGUUGUAAAGAAAAUCAAAAUUACAAUUCACCAAAUUACCGAUGUUGUGCUUUACUCAGCGGACAAAUACCACAAAUGUAUCCUGAAUGAAGAAUUUAGUGACCAGGUUAAUGCUAACUCCACCUUUGAGAAAGAAUACAAAGUCACUCCAUUGCUAGCAAAUAACAAAGAUAAAUUUGGUCUUGCCCUGGACGGCAUACUGAAGGAUGAAGACACCAACCUGGCUUCUUCAACAAUUCUGCUACCUGCUAUGGAUAAAAAGAUGCAAGGCAUGAUGGUUUCGUACAAAAUUAAGGUUACCCUCAUAAUGGGAGGUGGUCUCUUUGGAAGCCUAACAACAAGUGAUGUUACUGCUGAGCUCCCACUGGUUCUGAUGUCACCCAAGCCAGCAGGACUGAUAUAACUCUUGAGUAGGUUCUAUAGCCAAUGAUGAUGAGUGAAAAGAGAAAAACAAGAACAGAUGCCGACGUGUUAAAUGGAACAACUUCAUUUUAUGAGGCAGAGAUCAUAGACUCCUCCUUGCUGCAAAUACCUGUGUAACCAGAAUCGGCUGUAUAAUGUUAAAGAUUGGGUAAAGACCUUGUAUUCUCAGAUGAAUUCAUUGACAUUGAAGGCUAUGUAGGUAUCUUUUGGUGUAAUGCUUUUAAAUGUUAUAUUACUUCUGCCUUCAUUAUGGGAACUCAAAUUUUAGCAUCCUUUUGUAUAUAAUAUAGUGAUGUGAAAUAUGAGAUUUUAUUAAAUAUAUCAUUCAAUUUGAUUUAUUCUGGAUUUUUUUAACAAUAAUCAAUUUGACUGUUGUACCAAACAAAUAGCUAUUUUGUUAUCUUUAACUUUAUCUUUCCUUGGGACUUUCUAU